AAAAACACAAUAUAGAAGAAGAAGAAGCUUUCUGACGGCGAGUCUUCAAGCUGAAACUCUGACUCUGCCACAGACACAGCGUCGCCUGUUGAACGUUGCCGGGGUUGAGUGCUUUGGUUUCACGGUCACACUGAGUAAGUGUCCGGGGACAGCUGAGUGCGGCUCCCUCCCACUUGCCACCAACGUUAGUUGCCCUGACGCCACUUUACUGAAUCCGCAGCCAAGAGGUGGCUCCUCACUCGUCGCCGCCGCCCUCGCUGACACCUUUAACUUCCAGGUUUCAGGAGGAGGGUUUAAACAGAGGCGAGUGGGGCUGAAGGUGAGAGACACUGCGGCCCGGGACCCUGCUCUGGGGCGCUGACAGGAGCGAGAAGUCAAGGGGAGCCCAGAGAUGAUGUUGGGCAGCGCCUUCCCGCUGGACGCAGCCACUUUACUGAUCCUCGGCGCCCUCUCCCUCUUGCUCCUCCUUUACUUUCGCCGCGGCUGUAAGUGCCAUGGAGCGCUCAACCUGCCCCCGGGACCCCCUUGUCUGCCCAUCAUCGGUCACCUGCACCUUCUGGAUCUGAAGAAACCCCACGAGAGUCUAAUGGAGCUGUCUGAGAAGUACGGCCCAAUCUUCAGCAUCAAGCUUGGAACCAUGAAGGCUGUGGUCCUGACCGGCUACGAGACCGUGAAGGAUGCUCUCAUCAACCAUCCCGAUGAGUUUGGAGGAAGAGGUCGCAUCCCAAUAUUUGAUGUCACAGCCAAGGGUCAUGGCAUCGUCUUUGGUCAUGGGGAAUCAUGGAAGCAGAUGCGAAGAUUCACCAUGUCCACUCUGCGGGACUUUGGAAUGGGCAAGAAAUCUAUCGAAGAUAAAAUCAUUGAAGAAACCCAUUUCCUCGUAAAAAUGUUUGAAUCGUACGAAGGGGACUUAAAAAAGGUCGACCUACGAACUGCACUCCACUGGAUAAAGUGUACACCAACAUCAAGGACACUUACAGAGCUCUCCCCUGGCCAUCCCUGGGACAAUCCGAUCACCUCUCACUGUUUUUACUGCCUGCAUACAAACCCCUCAUCCGCAAGACCAAACCUGCAAUAAGGACGGUCAAAACAUGGCCCGAGGACGCCACUCUACAACUCCAGGACUGCACCUGAACAAAGGUAUAAAAAAAGGCCAAAGACAUCCACAGGCAAAGGGUAGAAGAACACUUAAAUGCCACGGACACCAGAAGCAUGUGGCAGGGUGUCAGGGUCAUCACUGACUACAAGAGCAGCCCCGUCUGCCCUCACGGUGAUAUCACACUGACCAACGAGCUAAACACCUUCUUUGCCCACUUCGAAACUGGCAACACCACCAAGAGUGGAAUAGCCCCGGCCAUGGCGGAGGGACAGGCCUUAUUACUGAGCACUCAGGAGGUACAGUGCGCUCUGCGUAGGAUCAAUCCACGCAAGGCUACAGGCCCAGAUGGAGUCCAGGGAAGGGUACUAUGGGACUGUGCUGUACAGCUGGCGAAAGUAUUCAAGAGAAUCUUUAACCUGUCUCAAUCUCUGGCAACGGUCCCCAAGUGCCUGAAAACAGCUACCAUAGUGCCGGUGCCGAAAAAGUCUAAAGUCGCCAACCUGAAUGACUACCGCCCGGUUGCCCUAACUCCAAUACCCAUGAAGUGCUUCGAAAGGCUGGUCCUCUCCCACAUCAAAUCCUGCAUCCCUGCCUGACUGGACUCUCAUCAAUUUGCAUACAGGGCAAAUAGAUCAACAGAGGAUGCCAUCUCUCUGGCUCUUCACACUGUCCUGACUCACCUGGAAAGACAGGGCACGUACGUGAGGAUGCUCUUCAUAGACUAUAGCUCUGCCUUCAAUACAGUCAUCCCCACCAAGCUCACCACCAAACUCCACCAGCUAGGGCUCAGCUCGCCGAUAUGCGAUUGGCUCCUGAAUUUUCUGACGGAGCGACCGCAGGCAGUGAGACUGGGCCCGCACCUGUCCUCCACUAUCACUCUGAGCACCGGCACACCACAGGGCUGUGCACUGAGCCCCAUGCUCUACUCCCUCUUCACACGGAACUGUGUUCCUGCAUUCGACACCAACACCAUCGUGAAGUUUGCAGACGACACAAAAGUGAUUGGGCUGAUCACCAACGGUGAUGAAACAAAAUACAGAGCAGAGGUGCAGAACCUGGCGGACUGGUGCACACGUAACAACUUGUCACUAAACACCACCAAGACCAAGGAGCUGAUUAUUGACUUCAGGAGGUCCCAUAAUGGAGAAUACGCCCCAAUCUCCAUCUACGGGGAAGUGUAGAGAGAGUGUCCAGCUUAAUGUUUCUGGGCACUCACAUUUCAGAGGACCUCACAUGGUCCACCAACACCGCUGCGCUGGUCAAGAAGGCACAGCAAUGACUGUUCUUUCUGAGGACAUUAAAAAAGACCGGUUUGCUCCAACAGCUGCUGAAACCUUCUACCGCUGCACCAGAGAGAGCAUAUUAACGUAUGGCAUCUCUGUUUGGUGUCUCAGCUGCAUGGAGGCGGAGAGGAGAGCUCUUCAGCGCGUCGUCCACAGAGCGCAGAGGAUCAUUGGGACAGAGCUACCAGCCUUGGAGGGCAUCUACCACACACGAUGCCUCAGGAAGGCCGUCAGCAUCCAUAAAGACUCCUCACACCCUUGUAAUGGACUGUUCGAACUACUUCCUGUAAAGAAGUCUCAACAAC